AUGCACAUGCAGGGUGGUGGGGAGGGCGGCGGUUCCUGCCAGCGGAAGUGUGGCCGCAUCAAAGAGGGCAGGAAGGGGCAGGGGCCGGUCCGAGGGGGCCGCCGCCCUGUGCUGGGGUGGGACCCAGUCCCCAUGCUCCCUUCCCCAUCUCUAUCUGCAGUGAACCACCUCUCCCUCCUGUACCAUCUCACGGCGGUGUCCGCACCCUCCGCCGGGACUCCUGCCUUCUGGGUCUCUGGCUGGCUGGGUCCCCAGCAGUACCUGAGCUACAACAGCCUGCGGGCCCGGGCUGAGCCGUGUGGUGCUUGGAUCUGGGAGGAGCAGGUGGCCUGGUACUGGGAAAAGGAGACCACAGACCUGAGGCUCAAGGAGAAGCUCUUUCUGGAAGCUUUCAAAGUCUUGGAAGCACCAGGUCCCUUCACCCUGCAGGGCCUGCUGGGCUGUGAGCUGGGCCCUGACAACAUCUCCGUGCCCACCGCCAAGUUUGCCCUGAACGGCGAAGAGUUCCUGACAUUCGACCCCAAGCAGGGCAACUGGAGUGGCGACUGGCCCGAGUCCCUGACCAUCAGUCAGCACUGGGGGAAGCAGGCUGACGCCGUCCACAAGGAGAUGACUUUCUUGCUCUACUCCUGCCCGCAGCGGCUGCUGGGGCACCUGCAGACUGGCCGGGGGAAUCUGGAGUGGAAGGAGCCACCCUCCAUACGCCUGAAGGCCCGCCCUGGCGACCCCGGCUUUUCGGUGCUCACCUGUAGUGCCUUCUCCUUCUACCCUCCGGAGGUGCAACUUCGAUUCCUCCGGGAUGGGCUGGCAGCUGGCACCGGAGAGGGCGACUGUGGCCCCAAUGGCGACGGCUCCUUCCACGCCUGGUCGUCACUGGUCAUCAAAAGCGGCGACGAGCACCACUACCGUUGCCAUGUGCAGCACGCAGGGUUGACGCAGCCCCUCAAUGUGGAGCUGGAGUUGCCAGCCAAGUCCUCAGCGCCCGUGGUUGGAAUCAUCAUCAGCCUCUUGAUGCUCACGGCAGCCGCUGUAGGAGGAGUUCUGCUGUGGAGGAGAAUGAAGAACGGGCUGCCAGCCCCUUGGCUGUCUUUGCGUGGGGAUGACAUUGGGGCCCUCCUGCCCGGUCCUGGUCUGCCCCAGGAUGCUGACUCUCAGGAUAUAAAUGCAUCCUCAGCAACUGCCUGACCCAUCCUGGCUGCUAAUAGCUAAUGCAGUCUGGUCUCUCUCAAGCUGUGAGACCUCCUGGAAUACUGGCAUCUCUGAGCCUUCAGAAGGAGUCCUGGGCCCAGCUGAUCUGCCUCAGUUUCCCCUCCGAAUGUUUAUGGUUCUUUUCCACCUCUGCAAUAUAACGAGUUGGGCCUGAAUCAUCGUGUUCUCAUCAUUUUACGUUUUCAGGCAGGGGAAGUAUGGGAAUGGGUGGGCGGCAUGAAUAGUCCUGGGCUUCACAUCCCUUCUGGGGCUGACACGUGCCCAUGUGGAAUCCGCCGGUUUUAUAUACCAAGUCAUGUAUUUUUCAUAAUAAAUUUCGAAAUUGUUUACUGGAUA